GAAGCGACCAAACCAAGCGUUCCAUCUUCAAGUCCCAAGACCAGUCCGUCAAGAUGAACUUUACAUCCACCCUCCUAACCACCCACAAAUCCCUCUUCCACACCUCCACAACAGCAACCUUCCUCGCCGCCGCAGCCCGCGGCAAGGUACCCAAACCGAUCCUCGGCCGCUGGCUCGCAAACGACAGGCUCUACAUCCACGCCUACAUCAAAGGCGCAGGCCGCUUCCUCGCGCAGCUGGAUCUCCCUGACGUCGUCGAGCCUUCUUCCCAUCACGAUAUCUCCGGUCACGAUGCCGGCUCUCCCACGGUGACGAACAAAGCAGCAGACAAAGCGACGGCACCCGUGACAGAACGACUCCUCAACUGGCUCGUCGACGCGCUCGUCAACGUCCGCCGCGAGGAGAGAUUCUUCAUCGACGUCGCCGCCCGCUUCGGCAUCGACGUCAACUUACCCGCCGAGCCCGCUUCCGAGAGCGGCAGCAGCAGCACCAACCGGCGGGUGAAGGACGAAGACAAGAACGCAGGCCUCCUCGCCUUCGAGCGCCUCUUCACCUCUAUCGCCACCACGCCUCCUCGCGGUGUCCUUCUCCCCUGGCUCGCCCCCGCCGUCCUCUUCUGGGCGACGGAGAAGUGCUACCUCGAAGCCUGGUCCGGCGCGAGGAACAUGCUUCCUUCGUCUGGCUCCGAUAUAUCUGCCCCUGGUGCCUCUGGAAAUGACACGGCCUCGGACUUGGACGGCGGCGCCCUACGAACAGAAUUCAUCCCCAACUGGAGCAGCUCGGCCUUCAGAGCGUUCGUAGACGAGCUAGCCGCCAUCAUCGACGACGGUGUCGACGAAGCGGUCCGACUACACGGCGAGGAGGCCGUCAGGAGCGAGAUCGAUCAGGCUAGGGUGACGUGGAGGGAGGUCCUACUGGCGGAAAAUGACUUUUGGCCAGGGGAGAUGGAGGAGGGUGGUUUGCGAAGGGUUCCCUCUGACUAA